UCUGGGACCGGAGCGGGAUCGGAGGGCGGGAGGCGGGGAUUGGGAAGCUCCGUUUCCUCCGCCCGCCGUCCCCUCCGCCGCCCCCGCCGCCCUCGCCGCCGGGCCCGCGGGGAGAAGGAUGCUGGGCAUGUACGUGCCGGACCGCUUCUCGCUCCGGGCGUCCCGCGUGCAGGACGGGAUGGGGCUCUUCACGGCCCGCAGGGUCGCCAAGGGCGAGAAGUUCGGGCCGUUCGCCGGCGAGAAGCGGAGGCCGGAGGAGCUGGAUGAGCACAUGGACUACCGGCUCAUGUGGGAGGUCCGCGGGAGCCGGGGCGAGGUCCUGUACGUGCUGGACGCCACCAACCCGCGCCACGCCAACUGGCUGCGCUUCGUGCACGAGGCCCCGUCGCAGGAGCAGAAGAACCUGGCCGCCAUCCAGGAAGGAGAGAACAUCUUCUACUUGGCGGUCGACGACAUCGAGUCGGACACGGAGCUGCUCAUCGGCUACCUGGACAGCGACAUGGAGGCGGACGAGGAGGAGCUGACGGCCCCAGACGGGGGCGGCCCCCUCGCUCCUGGGGAGUCUGCACCCGGCAGGACAGGCUGCCGUGGCCGCGGCGAGGACCACACGUGCCCCCAGUGCGAGUCCAGCUUCCCCAGCGCGGAGGUCUUGGCCGAGCACCUGCACGCACUGCACCGCGCGCCCGACGGGGACAAGGAGUUCAAGUGCAAGCCCUGCGGAAAGACCUUCCCCGUGCGGCAGGCCCUGCAGCGACAUGCUCUCCAGUGUCCGGCCAGGGCCAGCCCGAAGGACUCCUCCUCCGGAAGCUUCCAGUGUUCCGUCUGCAGUGCGCCCUUCAGCUCGGCGCCCAGCUGCGAGCAGCACCAGGCGGCCUGCAGGAGCAAAGCCAGGUUCGUGUGCAAGGCCGGCAGCUGCGGGAAGAGGCUCAAGAGCCGGGAGGCCCUGAGGAAGCACCAGGAGAACGUCCACGCAGGAGACCCUAAGAAAAAGCUCGUCUGUUCUGUGUGCAACAAGAAGUGUUCUUCAGCAGCCAGCCUGCAGGAGCACAGGAAGGUCCACGAGAUAUUUAAUUGUCAGGAGUGUAUGAAGAAAUUCAUUUCGGCGAACCAGCUGAAACGCCACAUGAUCACCCACUCAGAGACGCGGCCGUACCGCUGUGAGAUCUGCAGCAAGACCUUCAAGCGGCUGGACCAGGUGGGCGCACACCGGGUCAUCCACAGCGAGGACAAGCCCUACAAGUGUAGGCGCUGUGGCAAGGGCUUCGCCCACCGGAACGUCUACAAGAACCACAAGAAGACCCACUCCGAGGAGCGGCCGUUCCAGUGCGAGGAAUGCAAGGCCCUGUUCCGGACCCCGUUCUCCCUGCACAGGCACCUGCUCAUCCACAACAGCGAGAGGACCUUCAAGUGCCACCACUGUGACGCGACCUUCAAGCGGAAGGACACGCUGAACGUGCAUGUGCAGGUGGUGCACGAGCGGCACAAGAAGUACCGCUGCGAGCUGUGCGCCAAGGCCUUCGUCACGCCCUCCGUGCUGCGCAGCCACCGCAAGACACACACGGGGGAGAAGGAGAAGACCUGCCCGUACUGCGGCCAGAAGUUCGCCAGCAGCGGGACGCUCCGCGUGCACAUCCGCAGCCACACGGGUGAGCGCCCCUACCAGUGCCCAUACUGCGAGAAGGGCUUCAGCAAGAACGACGGGCUGAAGAUGCACAUCCGCACGCACACCCGGGAGAAGCCCUACAAGUGCUCAGACUGCAGCAAGGCCUUCAGUCAGAAGCGCGGGCUGGAUGAGCACCGGAGGACGCACACCGGGGAGAAGCCCUUCCAGUGCGACGUGUGCGACCUGGCCUUCAGCCUCAAGAAGAUGCUGAUCCGACACAAGAUGACGCACAACCCCAACCGCCCGCUGGUGGAGUGCCAGUUCUGCCACAAGAAGUUCACGCGGAACGACUACCUCAAGGUGCACAUGGACAACAUCCACGGCGAGGCCAACAGCUGAGGGACCUGCGGGGCGGGGGGUGGGGGCCUGGGGAGCCCGGCUCCCUCCCCGUCGGCGUGGCAGAGGCAGCCCUCGGCACGCACUGGCCUCAUGGUCCUCUUUGCUGACGUUUAGAGUCUGUAGACACACGUCCCGUCCUACCAAGAACGGUGCGAAUGGAAAAGACAGCCUCGUAGCCUUACACAACAGCCUGUGCUUGUGCCUGUGCCUGUGCCUGUGCCUGUGCCUGUGCCUGUGCCUGUGAUCUGUGCCUGUGAGCGUGGAAGGGGAGUCUCCGCCCUCUCUGAUGGAGGUGAUUACAUGCACACUUCCAGGCCUUUCUGUUGUGCUGUUUCUGUGUGUGUGUGUGAGAGAGAGAGAGAGAGAGCGCGCGCGCGCAUGUGUGUGCGAGUGUGUGUGAGUGCAUGCAUGUGUGUGUGUGCCGUGCACAUCACAUGCCGGUUACCGCCCCUGGCUAUCACUAACGCAGCCGUGAGGACAUUCAGAUGCUCGAGGCUCCUCACAGUGGACGAGGAUGCGGGCCAGUUCCCACACCUCCACACGAUGGCCCGCGGCCCAUGGAACGCGCCGUCACCGGGGCCUGUGAAAUGGAGCAGUUGUCGCUCCUGUGCGAUCCUCCCUCCCCACCGCAGGUCUGAGAGCUGGCACCCGCCUUCAGCGGUUCUCAGAACACGGGCUGUGCUCCUCACAGGCGCAGGCACUCGUGGUCAGCAAUGCUGCGGUAAGACCUGCACCGGAGCGGCCACAGCGGUGGCAUGUCCACCAGGCGGGGCCUCCUGAAAUGAACGGACACCACACGGUGGACACACCCAACAAGGAAGCAGGAGGGAGGGCCCCAUAGAGGCCGCGGGCAGCGAGGGGAUGGCAGUGUGUGACGGGGCCCAGCCCUCUGCUCCCCCUCCACAGCCAGGGCCCCUUCCAGAUCUGAGUCCGCAGAGCAGACAUCCUGUCUGGAAAAGGACAUUUCUCAGAAGCUCGGCCGUGGCGAUUCUCAAACACCUUUGAGUUCCCUUGGAUCUUCCUGGGGUAGGAGGAACCCGGAAUGAAAAAUGAACCCGGCGAUGGUUAGGAUGGACAUGGCGUGGAUGCUUAAGGGAAUGGGAGUCAGAAGCGUGUUUCUUCCUUCUGGUUCCAUUUCAGUGAAAUAUUUGAGAGCUUGUUUUGGGAGAAGACAUGAGAAAACGAGAUAGUGAUGUCCGGUAGCGCGUAGGGGAACCCAAAACCGGAAAAACGAAGAAUGAAGCCCGGAUUCUGGGCCAGCCUAUUGGAGCCGCACCGGAGAGGAAGCGUCCUUCCGAGCAGCUCUUUGGUUCUGACAACGGAGGGAGAAAGGUUACCUGAACGCAUAGUGCUUUGUAGUCAGUAAUCUCAGUGUAAACGUGUAUUCACGCUCAGUUUCAGUUUUGAA